GCAUCGAAUUUUGUUCACGCACUCGGCUACGUCGGCCCUGCAACGCGAUGCAUGACCAGGCACAGCACAUGACUAGAAUGGUAGCCAAGAAGAUCGAUCGCCUCGCCCUGGAUUUGUCGGUAGCAUUAGCCUUUGCGCUGGGCGGAUCUGGCUGGCUGGCAAUGCCCCGUCCCUGGCGCAGUUGUUGGUCGCUAAUAAUGAACUGCUGCUCGCGUGCCUAGGUACCCUCGUCCUCCCCCUUCUCCACAUUCCGGACCAUCCUUUGCUUUUUACUUUAAUUAUUGCCUUUUUCUUCAUCUUCAUACCCAAUCCUGUACUACUACUCACGCGACCCUUUUGUUGCUGAGUUCAUUUCGCUCCUUUCCGCGCUCACCAUGUCCGUCCUGAGCAAGACGGUCCUUGAGCCUAUAGUCAUUGUCUGUCUUUUCACCGCAGGGUGCCUCAUCAACCGACGUCGUGACAGCCGCUCCCCGAUCGAUGUCGAGAACCGUCCGCUGGUGCGCGAAAAUGGCGACCCGUCCACGCAGUCGAGCAGUCUCUCCUCGUCCCCGUCGCUGAGCGCGGUGGAUGACAGCCACCAGCGAAACAUUGUGUGGGAACUGCUGCGCAGGUUCUGGAGGAAAUACCCCUUUUUGCCAGAGAUCUGGUACUGGAACUUGACAUACUGGGUGUACCAAGGGCUACGAGCUGUGUCCGCACGACUGAUUGCCGACAAUGCCUCCGUGUUCGAGCGUGCGAAGCAGCACGCCCUGACUGUCCUCUCGAUCGAGCAGCUACUCGGCAUCGACGUCGAGCUCAGCGUGCAGCGCUUCUUCCUCAACAACUACCCCGACUGGAUGUCCGUGCUCGGCAACAUCUACCACUCGCACAUUUGCGUCGGCAUCGCGUUCCUCGUAUACACGUACACCUACCUUCCGUUCCCGACCUACCAGCGCAUCCGCCGGACGAUUGCCAUGGACAAUGCGGUUGCGUUCGUCAUCGUCACCCUCUGGCGGUGCAGCCCGCCGCGCCUGCUGCCGGAGGAGUACGGCUUCGUGGACAUUCUGCACCCCAAGGUCAACCCAAACGACAACCCGUGGCAGAACAACCGGUUCCAGCUGACGAUUGCGGCCAUGCCGAGCCUGCACUUUGGCACGGCGCUCUUCUUCGCCGUCUCGCUGUACCGAUUCGCGCCACACGCGGUGGUGCGGGUGCUGGCGCCCCUCUGGCCGGCCAUGAUGCUGCUGACCAUUGUCACGACGGCGAACCACUUCCUCAUGGACGCCAUGGUGGGCGCGUGCGUGCCGCUGGUCGGGUGGCGCCUGGAGUGGAUGGUUGGGGAGCUGGCCGUGGUGCAGAACUGGGUCUUUGGGCCGAUUGCCAGGAGGAUGGGCGUGGCGGGUGCCGAGGAGGAGCGCGCAAGGGCUGUGCCCGGCGGCAAGGGGAUGGAGAGUGGGAAGGGGAGAAUGGACUAGGAAGAGUCGGAUGUACGAGUAUUAUUAAUGUGGGGUGGGACUGAUCUUGACCAUGGCAGAGCUUUUAGACUUGGGAUAGACAGUGGCAUAAGAAUAGUCUGCGGACAUUUUCUUUCAGGAACAGUCUCAGAAUGAGUGAUGAUCUGAGGAUGGAGAAUUCAUCAGAGACCCAGCCAGCUGUCAAGAUAACAAGGGUUGGUGCAGCGUGAUCUGGCAGGCCAACAAGCACCUUGCGAUACUACGUACAGAUUCCGGGCCAAA